GUGGAGACGAAUCCCUUUAUAUAUCUCGUGUUGAAUGGUGCUGCCAAACGAACGUACUUUAUUUGAUCGAAUAUUGGCCGUUGGAUGCGAGGAAAGCCCGACCCAAGUGAGCACCGUAUUACGACACGUGUCAGGUUACAUAAAUCCGACAGACAGGAAAGCAGUAAUGGCAUGGUGGGUGUGAUUUUCCAUGUUCUCCAAUGGUUUUCCUGAAAUACAGACAACUGAGUGGAGAAGUCAAUUUCGAAAGGAUAUACAGAGGGUCGCUUUAUAACAGUGAAUCUACCACUAUAUGCUUUACAUUGGGUCGGGUCCUGCCCGGCCCACAUUUGGCCCACCAUGGCCAGUGGAGUGGAAAUGAAAAUUUUUGUUUUGUUUAAUAAGUUUUUUCUUUAAUUUUAAUUUCAUUUUAAUAUAUAUAUAUAUAUAUAUAUAUAUAAAUUUGAACCUAGAUAAAUAAUUAAAUAUAGCAAAUACACUUAGAUUUUUCGUUUUAGCUUGUGGAGGGAAGAAAUUCUAUCCUGUUUCAAUUGUAAAAAUAUUUAACCCUCAAUUAAAAUAUAAUAAUGCUCUACAACAAACUUCAUCCGUACAAGGUAAAAGGUUGUAUCACAAAACAUUCGUACAUGUGCGAGUAAUAUGUUCUUAGGUUUUCUCUCUUUAUAAUAAUGAUGUUUCUAUUUAUGUUUAGGUCUGAGAAAAACAGGGGUGAAAAAGGUCAGCUUAGUUGGAAUUUUCCAUUUAAUGUUAAGGGUUCAAUUGGGUAAUAUGCAAGAUUUAUUUGACACGAGCCCUGUAAUAUGGUGCAUUGUUCAAGCUCUUUUGUUUAUGGUUUCACGCACAGAUUCUUUGGCAAACCGUGUUCUAAAACUGCUAGCAUCUAUGGAGCACUGGAGUCAUUAAGCACAGUGAAUGGAUCAACAAGGAAGCCAAUAAAAUAUGUUCUUUGUACUGCCCUUAGUUCUUGUGCUAAAACCCGGAAUUGGCGUUUGGGUAUACAAAUCCAUGCUUCCAUGAUUCGAUCUGGAUAUGAGGAUAAUUUGUUUCUCUGCAGUGCACUUAUUGAUUUCUAUGCCAAAUGUUUUGCUAUUCUGGAUGCAAAGAAGGUAUUUAGUGGCAUCAGAACACAUGAUCAGGUUUCAUGGACUUCACUUAUUACGGGAUUAUCGAUCAAUGGACAAGGAAUAGAUGCUUUCUUGUUGUUCAAAGAGAUGCUAUACACCCAAAUUAAGCCCAAUUGUCUUACCUUUGUUAGUGUUAUUAGUGCCUCUGUUGGGCAACAUGGUGGCCUUCAACAUUGUUUGAUUGUUAUGCAAAUCAGGGACAAAUUGAUGAUGCUGUACUCUUAUUUGCUGAAACUAGUGAGAAGGAUAUUGUUUUGUACAAUUCCAUGAUCUCUGGAUAUUCUAAAAACCUGUGUAGCGAAGAUGCAUUGAAACUGUUUGUAGAAAUGAGGGGGCAAAAUUUGGGUAUUACUGAUCAUACUUUAUGCACGAUUUUAAAUGCUUGUAGCAGCCUUGCAUUGCUUCUUCAGGGAAGGCAAGUGCACUCUAUCGUUAUUAAAAUGGGUUCGGAAAGGAAUGUGUUUGUGGCCAGUGCUUUGAUUGAUAUGUAUUCAAAAGGUGGCGAUAUUGACGAGGCUCAACGCGUGUUAGAUCAGACUUCUGAGAAGAAUAAUGUGUUGUGGACAUCCAUGAUCAUGGGUUAUGCUCAAUGUGGGAGAAGUUCAGAGGCUUUGGAACUUUUUGAUUGUCUACUGACCAAGCAAGAGUUAGUUCCUGAUCAUAUCUGCUUUACUGCUGUCUUAACAGCUUGUAAUCAUGCAGGAUUGCUUGACAAAGGGGUGGAAUACUUUAACAAAAUGACAACAAAUUAUGGCUUGUCUCCUGAUAUUGAUCAAUAUGCUUGCUUGAUUGAUCUCUAUGCUAGAAAAGGGAAUUUGAGUAAGGCAAGGGAUUUAAUGCAAAAAAUGCCCUAUGAUCCUAAUUAUGUAAUUUGGAGCUCUUUCUUGAGUUCUUGUAAGAUAUAUGGAAAUGUAGAACUUGGGAGGGAGGCUGCUGAUCAACUUAUCAAGAUGGAACCAAGUAAUGCAGCACCAUAUUUAACAUUAGCACAUGUCUAUGCAAGAAAGGGUUUAUGGAAUGAGGCAGCUGAAGUCAGAAGGCUUAUGCAACAAAGGACAAUGAGAAAACGUGUAGGAUGGAGUUGGGUGGAGGUAGAUAAGUUGUAGAUGAGGUUACUCCUCAGCAAUCAGAUGAAAACUACAUAGUUAGAAAAAGUCUUAUCACCGGAUGUCAAGUUCUAUGCCAAAUGUUUUGCUAUUCUUGAUGCAAAGAUGGUAUUUAGUGGCAUCAGAACACAUGACCAGGUUUCAUGGACUUCACUUUAUUAUGGGAUUAUCGAUCAAUGGACAAGGAAUAGAUGCCUUCUUGUUGUUCAAAGAGGUGCAUUAAGCCCAAUUGUCGUGCUUGUGUUGGGCAAAAUGGUGGCCUUCAACAUUGUUCCGCUCUUCAUACUCAUAAUCAAGAAGGGAUGCGAUAACUAACAGUUUUGUGGUCAGGGACAAAUUGAUGAUUGAUUGUUAUGCCAAUCAGGGUCAAAUUGAUGAUGCCGUACUCUAAUUUACUGAAACUACCGACACACAAACUUGUUAUUCUGACAUCUGUGUUACUUUUGAAAAACCAUAUUUUAUUUUUUAAUUUAAUCUAAUACGAUAAAAUAAAAUUUUAAUUAUUUUAAAAGUCAUUCGUGGUAUCUUCACUUGUGUUUAAUAGUAAUAAUUU